UUUCGCUCUUACAUAUGAAAAAUGAGCUAGAUUUUAGAAGAAUAAUAAUCGAGCAGAAAAAGUUGGAAAUUGAGCGAAAGUGCGAUGGCGCCGGAGUUAACCUCUAAACGACAGAAAGAAGAAGCAAACACCGGCGGAGCCACCGACAGAUUAAGCACUCUACCAGAACCACUCUUAUGCCACAUCCUCUCCUUCCUCCCCACAAGAACCUCCAUAGCCACCCUUCCUCUCGUCUCUCGCCGCUGGAACAACCUCUGGAAGCAUCUCGACGCCUUCCACUUCGACUCCAACACCGACUCCGACUCAAAUCCUAACAGAGAAUUACGAAAGAUUUUCAAAAGAUUUGCGUUUUUCGUCAACGCCGUCCUCUCGCUCCGAAAAUCCCGCGAGAUUAGAAAGUUUCAUCUCAGUUGUAGUAUCUCUGAUGUUUUCAAGUUUUCUGGAGACUGUGUUGAUAUGUGGCUCCGUGCUGCUAUUGGACCCCACCUUCAAGAACUUUCUCUCGAGAUUGAUAACUCCCGUGGAGCUCAACUUUUACUUCUUCCCAAUUCAUUCUUUCAUUCUACCAAUCUUGUUUCCCUCAGUCUUAUCGGUUCAAUCCAUGUGAUGAUUCAACAUUCUUCAGUUCAUUUUCCAUCGCUCAAGAUGUUGAAAAUCGACCCAGGCAUCGUGGAACUUGACAUAGACAUUGUAGAAUUUGAGGCAGACAUUGUGGAUUCAUUACUUGAAUUUCUCUCUGGCUGCCCCGUACUUGAAACUCUGGAUACUUAUUUUGAUCCCGGAUUCUUGACCAAAGUUCCCGUGCCACCUUCCUCCAAGAGGUUGAAAUUCACUGACAGGAAAUUCUCUUGGACUUGCCUUGAGAUAGAUUCUGAUUGGUUCGAUGUAAUGAACGGUGGUAGUGGUAGCGGUAGCAUCACAAAAGCCACAUUGGGCAUCAUUGGCAACUUGCAGAGUAUGGAGGAAGCAUAUCUUGAUGUCUUUUCCCUGCGUGAAAGUGAAUUUGUCGACCCUAUGCUCAGCCUCCUCCGAAAGAGAAACCAUGAUUUACAUCUACUUUUGCGUCAUUCGACAUCAAAGGCGUGGCCACUUUGCACCCCCAUUCUAAAUUAUCCAGAAUUUCGCAAUUUAAAUCAUCUAAAGUUCAUUCUUCCCUGCUUCAACUCGAAUCUUCUGCUGGGCGUGCUUGAGAAAUGCCACAUGCUUCAAGUUCUCCUAAUUCAGAGUUGCAAGGAGGAGGAACCGUCGCCUUUUGGAACAUGGGAGCCAAAGUCAACAAUAGUUCCUAAAUGUCUCGAAUCCAAUCUGACAUAUAUUCACAUAGAAGGAUAUCAAGGAUUUGAAGAGGACCUGGCAUUUGCUGAAUAUAUCUUGCGUAACGGACUUGUUUUGCACACAAUGCUUAUAUUUUUUGAUACUUCAAUGGAUCUAACUAACAAGUAUCGUUCCCUCAAAAGAUUAACCGAUAUACCAAGGGGCUCUGUCACAUGCCAACUUAAAUUUGAUUCAACUGUGUCUCCUUAAGUUUGCACUUGGAAUGCCGGGAUUUAUGAAAGUGGCCGAAUCAUGUUUGGUCAAAUAUGCUUGGGGCUUCAUUUAGAAGACGUGGGAGCAAAUUUUACUAUAUUUUUGAGGUGCAAAUUGGUAGUAUGCUGCAUAUUUUGAUCACAAGAAUUUGAUUUCCUUUACAGAGCCUUGUGUGGGGUAGUCAUGCAGUUCUAGACAUGAAUACUUAGAAUAUUAGUUACUUAGAAUAAUUUGAUUUCCUUUACAGAGCCUUGUGCGGAGUAAAUUAUAAUUGUUAUUUUGGUUAUCACAUCUGUUAUUCGUUAAAAAAGGAUUUUGUUAA